UUGAUAAUGCAAAAUGCCACUCCUUUGAAAAUUUGAAACUUCAUAACACAACCCUUCACUAUCUUCCUCCUAAUACAACAUCUCGUCUACAACCUAUGGAUGCGGGUAUUAUCAUGUCUUUUAAGCGUCGAUACAGAAACUACUUUAUAAAAUGGUUACUUGAUCAGUAUGAAUCUGGAAAUAAUGAUAAAAUGAAUAUUCUUACUGCUAUACAAUUUAUUGUUCGAGCUUGGAGAGAGGUAUCAUCCGAAACUAUACAAAAUUGUUUUCAACAUACAG